UGUGUGUGUGUGUGUUCCUCUUCGCUGUUCUCGGACGCAUGACUGAGGAGAAUGAGCGCAACAGCUUUUGUUUCACAAACUUCUGCGGCAUUAAAAAUUAAAACAUUCCUGCGGGGAUUUCAGAGGCUUUAAAUCUCACACACACUUUCACAAGCAAAGACACACACAUAUAAACUCGGGCACUGCGAUCGGACAGCUGUGAGAAACUGCUGAAAAUGGCUUCAUACGCGUUACCGGAGGGUUUCAGUGAUUUCGACAUGUUCGCCUUCGGAUCCGCGUUGCUGGUCGGCGGCCUUCUCGGCUUCUUCCUGAACCUGAUCUCAGUGCUGGCGUUCCUCCGAGUGCGAGAGAUACAGACGCCCAAUAACUUCUUCAUCUUUAACCUGGCAGUGGCGGAUCUGAGCCUCAAUAUCAACGGGCUGGUGGCGGCGUACGCCAGUUAUCUGAGAUACUGGCCGUUCGGGUCCGAGGGCUGCCAGAUUCACGGGUUUCAGGGAAUGGUCUCGAUUCUCGCCUCCAUCAGUUUUCUGGGUGCCAUUGCUUGGGACAGAUAUCACCUGUACUGCACCAAGCAGAAGAUGUUUUGGAGCACAUCUGGAACCAUCAGCGCCCUCAUCUGGAUCCUGGCCGUCUUCUGGGCCGCUCUGCCACUGCCUGCUAUUGGCUGGGGAGUGUUUGACUUUGAGCCAAUGAGAACCUGCUGCACACUGGACUACACAAUCGGAGACAGGAAUUACAUCAGCUACAUGCUGACCAUCACUGUUCUCUAUUUAGCGUUCCCCGUUCUCAUCAUGCAAUCCUCCUACAACGGCAUCUAUGCACAUUUCAAAAAGACACACCACUUUAAGUUUAACACCGGCUUGCCGCUGAAGAUGCUGUUGUUCUGCUGGGGUCCGUAUGUUCUGAUGUGCACAUACGCCUGCUUCGAGAACGCCAGUCUCGUUUCACCCAAGCUCAGGAUGGUUCUCCCGGUGCUCGCAAAGACGUCUCCGAUCUUCCACGCCGCCAUGUACGCAUACGGUAACGAGUUCUACCGCGGGGGAAUCUGGCAGUUCCUCACGGGACAGAAACCUGCGGACAAGAAGAAAUAAGAGUCCUCCGUCCGCCCAUGAAAUAUUGUAUUCAGAAGAAUCUACACGCGUUCACACAUGAUGAUGUUUAUGUCGAAUCAGUGCCUAACACAUUUGGAGAUGUUUGUCCAGAAUUUCCCUGAAUUAUUAAUUGAACACUGAAAUACGGUUCGAAGCCUGAAGAGUGAGAGAUGACUUACAAUUCCCACAAUUCAUUCAGGACAUUCAUUAUUGAUGCCUUACUGUCUCUGUUGCCUUAUGGGUCAGUAUUCAUGUGUGAAUCUAUAGCUGCGUUUACAUGGACCCUUUUAAUCGGAUUGACGGCUCAAUCGGACUAAAAACCCGUCACGUGAACACCUUGAUCGAUCCGAUUGAGCUCGAUCCGACUAGAAUUUCGAUCGGAUUGAAAGGGGUGCUUUACUCCUUUAGUAGGGAGAACAGAGAGAACAUGUAAACACUUGAUCGGAUUGAAAACUGAAACUGUGCAAUGACGUUGAAAUAGCGUAAUGACGAAUGACGCACGGAACGAGCUGUUCUUCCGGUUGAAUAAAGUGUCAUAUAAACCAAUGUUUUGUUAUUAAAACAAUUCUCAUUUCCCUCAGUGUCUGUGAAGCGAAGCAGGACAACGUCCCACCAGUGCUUGUUUUACAUUCUCCUCCACGGGCGCGGGGUUUUACUGCGUGAUAAAUACACUCCGCACGGCAAAACGGUUCAUGCUCGUCGUCUCCAAAUCAUGGCCAGAGACGGACACAAAUUAAAAAGACGGAUAAAAAAGUCUGUUGUUUAAAACAAAUACAGUUAUGCUUAUGCGCGACCAGUGGUAUAUCCCUGCAGUGCCCAUGCCAAAAAAUCAAUUCCGAUUUGAAUUUUGUGACUAUAAACGCGCACAUCAACCCGAUCACUUUAUUUAUCAUUCAUGUAAACACCUUGAUCGGAUCAUCAGUCGUAUUGAUUUCAAUCUGAUUGUGUCCAUGUAAACGUAGCUUAUGAAGACAGAGGAUUUUUCUAGCCAAAGCUUGAAUGAACCGCUAAUAACAAAUGGGCCUUUCUUUGUAAAUCCACAGAAUAAACGUGAGGCUUAAGA